AUAAAAAAAACUUUUAAAGCUUUUUACGAAAAAACAAAAUGCGUGGCCCAAAGCAUUAAUAACAACGAAAAAAAAACGAUUUUAACGCAAACUUUUACAAUUAUGCGUUGCGACCAACGCAAAAUUAGGAUUGCAUUAAUACGCUACGUAUUAAAAGCAUUACAAGGAACGGUUAAAUUGCAAAUCGUUGUAUUACAAUCCGUAUUUUUUUAUUACAAAGCGCAAUAUAAGCUUUGGAAUGGUAAAAAUGCAAAUAAACGAUACGUUAAACUUUAA